GGCCGCUCCACCUGUUCGUGCUGCGGUCUUGACUCCGGAUCGUCGCUGCCAUGGCAGGAAGAAAGGCCCUGAUUGUGUUGGCACAUGAGGAGAAGACCUCCUUCAAUCAUGCCAUGAAAGAUGCUUCUGUGGAUGCGCUGCAGAAGAGAGGCUGGAGUGUCACCGUUUCUGACCUAUACAAGAUGAAGUUUAACCCUGUGCCAUCACGGGAUGACAUCACUGGUAAGCCAAAAGACCCCAACAACUUCAAGUAUGGCCCUGAGACAGCCUCAGCAUGGGCAGAAGGUCGGCUGAGCAGCGACAUCGUAGCAGAACAGAAGAAGCUCGAAGCUGCAGACCUUCUGAUAUUCCAGUUCCCCCUCUACUGGUUCAGCGUGCCUGCCAUCCUGAAGGGCUGGGUUGAACGUGUUUUCACACAAGGAUUUGCCUACUCCGUUAGCACGAUGUAUGGCAGUGGGCCCUUUCAGAAAAAGAAGGCUGUGCUCUCCUUCACCACGGGCGGGACUGGCCCCAUGUACACCCCCAUGGGCCUCAACGGAGACGUCAACAUCCUCCUUUGGCCACUGCAGAGUGGCGUGCUCCAUUUCUGUGGCUUCCAAGUCUUGGAGCCCCAAAUUGCCUACAGCAUUAGUCACGCUCCCGAGGAUGCCCGUUUGCAGAUCCUGGAGGACUGGAAGAAGCGACUGGCAGCUAUCUGGGAAGAGAAACCCAUCAGUUUUGUUCCAGACAGCAACUUCGAUUUGAGCUACGUGGGGGGCUUUGUGCUGAAACAGGAGGUGCAGGACGGCCAGAAAGCUCAGAAAUAUGGGCUGAGUGUGGGGCAGCACCUGGGGAAGGCCAUCCCACCUGACAGCCAGGUCAAAGCCCAGAAGAAAUAGCUUUCUCUGGUGGGCUCCUAUCUGGUCUCUCUCUGUGUGGCUCUGCCAUGGUGGCAGGUUUCUUGGCUUUACCCUACUUUCAAAUGCCUUUCUGCUCUUCCGUAGGGUGAGAGCAUUUCUUCUCUUCCCACCUCUUCCUCACGGGGCGCUGGUGCCUCUUGCUGGCUACUCCUACCUCCCACUGACUCAGGGAGGAGUCAGAGCCAUACCUCCUCCAGUCAGGUACCAAUAAUUAACCUACUGGGUUCCAACAGCAUCCGAGUGGGAUGAGUUGGGAAUCUUGCCUCCCUAUUAUUACGUGGUGCUUGCUGUUCACCACCCCGGUGGCCUUGGUAUCGUACAGUCUAAGCUCUGUUCACGUACAACACAAGGAGUCUAA